AUGAUGAUGAGAUUACACCAAUAUGACUUAACCAUCGUUUAUAAGAAAGGGUCACAGAUGCUGUUAGCUGACACACUCAGUCGUCACAAUUUAGACAACUCCACCGAUGAAGCACGCAGCGUCGACAGCGAUCUCGACCAAGUGGACAGUUUGGAAGAAAUCAACGAAAUACUAAAUUGUGAAACAACAACAAUAUUCCAAGAUCACACAACGAAAGAUCAACACCUACAGCAAGUCAAAUUAUUCAUCCAGUCAGGAUGGCCCGAAAGCUCCAAAGAUCUAUCUCCAACAAUCACCCCGUACUUCCAUCUACGAGACGAACUUACAACACAAGAGGGCCUCGUGUUUAGGGGAGAGCGCGUCGUUAUCCCAAAAUUACUACGAAAGCAAGUACUGAAUGAAUUGCAUGCAGCACAACAAGGGAUCGCAUCGACAAGUCGGCGAGCCAGAGAAACCGUCUACUGGCCACACCUGAACCAAUAA